CUCUCAAUCCCCCACCCCUCUCUCGCCCCCCCUUCCUUGAGCGCGCUCGCGAGCCUGCGGCCACCACCACCGCCGCCGUCUCCGCGGCGCGCAGAUCCGUCCGACUCGCGCGGCCCCAGCCGAGCGCACGUGUACGGACGCGACGAGAGGCGGCCACCGCCCACCUCGCCGGGGACUCGCUCCCGGAUCGCUCGCGCCAGCAGGAGCGGUCGCCUUGCGGGGGCGGGCCGGGCCGAUUCGACCGAAUCCGGUGGAAUUCUCCGUGCCGUGGUGUGAAAUAGGGUGAGUUCCGUCGGAUUCCGUGUGGGGGAGGCGGGUUUCGGGGGGCAGGCGGCCGGAAAUGGCGCCGGGGGUGGUUCUAGGGUUUGGUUUUGGUGUUUUGGCCUGAAGGCAUGGCGGAUGGGGUGCGGAUGAAGGGCGUGGAGGGCGCUGGCGCUGGCGCCGGUGACGAGGAGGAGAGGAAUGAGGAGGUGCGGGAGGAGCUGGAACUCGGGCUGUCUCUGGGGCGGCGGGGCUGGCACCUCCCGCCGCGGCAGGAGCCCGCGCCCCGCUCGCUCAACUGGACGGCGGUUCUGCCGGAGUGGAACCCCGACGCCGCCGCCGGGAGCUCGCGGGCUGGGGAAAGGGCCUCGGGCGUACCACCUAUCCCGUCUCUCGGGUUCCAUGACAUGUUCGGGGGUAUCCUAGACGACCCCCGUGCGGGUGGCAGUAUGGAGGUUGGGUGGGCCAUGGACGAUGAGGAUGAAGACAGAGACCUGCAGAAUAAACGGCUCAGAGUGCGGCGCUUUGGCGAGGAAAGCCCACAGCAUUCUGGUGCCAGUGCCUUUGGCUCUGAAUCACCAUUUUUGCCCAUUUCUGAUGAACAUGCUCAUUUCAAGCAGUCUCGUUCCCCAGAACAUGAAUUGGAAUUUGGCCUGUCACUUUUCCCUAAUGAUGGUGGUAGUGAGAGCUCAAGAGAUGCCAAUAAUGAGCUAGUUGAUGAUGCAGAAAACUCAGGUGGAAGAAAUUCUGAAGAUGUUGGAAUAAAAAUGGAUCUCUCUGAUGAUCUCCUGCACCUGAUAUUCUCUUUCUUGGGUCAGAAGGAUUUAUGCAGAGCAGGUGUUGCCUGCAAACAGUGGCGAUCUGCUAGUGUGCAUGCAGAUUUUUGGAAGUGUUUGAAAUUCGAAAACACUAGGAUAUCACUGCAGAACUUUGUUGAUAUUUGCCGUCGUUAUCAGAAUGUAACAGAACUCAAUUUGCACGGUGUCAUAAAUGCAGAAAUACUAGUGCUGGAAGCAAUAAUGUUUUUAAGGCAUCUCAAGACGUUAACAAUGGGCAAGGGACAACUAGGAGAAGCAUUUUUUCAAGCUUUGGCUGAGUGUCCAUUAUUGACUGCUUUAACAGUAACUGAUGCUUCUCUUGGGAGUGGCAUCCAAGAAGUAACUGUUAAUCAUGAUGGAUUGCGUGAGCUUCAAAUUUUGAAGUGCCGUGCACUCAGAAUAUCUGUCAGAUGUUCCCAACUUAAAAUAUUGUCAUUGAGGCGAACUGGCAUGGCUCAUGUAUCACUCAACUGUCCUCAGUUGCUUGAAUUGGAUUUCCAAUCCUGCCAUAAGCUCUCUGACAAUGCAAUUCGUCAAGCUGCUACAACUUGCCCAUUGUUGGCAAAACUAGAUAUGUCAUCUUGCUCUUGUGUUACUGAUGAGACACUGCGUGAAAUAGCUGGCGCAUGCCCACAUCUUUCUGUUCUUGAUGCAUCUAACUGCCCCAACAUUUCAUUUGAGUCUGUGAGGCUUCCUAUGCUGAUAGACUUGAGAUUACUAAGUUGCGAAGGAAUUACAUCUGCUUCCAUGGCUGCAAUAGCUUAUAGCCGUCUGCUUGAGGCGCUACAACUUGAUAACUGCAGCCUGUUGACAUCUGUGUCACUGGAUUUGCCAAAUCUUAAGAAUAUAAGUCUUGUGCACUUACGCAAGUUUGCUGAUUUGAAUUUGCGAAGCCCUGUGCUUUCUUACAUCAAAGUUUCCAGAUGUUCAGCACUUCAUCGUGUUAGCAUAACAUCGACUGCACUUGAGAAAUUGGUGCUGCAAAAACAAGAGAGCCUAUCUAGCUUGAUGCUGCAAUGCCACAACUUGAUUGAUGUGGAUCUUAGUGACUGUGAGUCAUUAACAAAUGCAAUUUGCGAAGUCUUUAGUGAUGGAGGGGGUUGCCCUAUGCUCAGAUCAUUGAUCCUUGACAAUUGUGAGAGUUUGAGCAUUGUGGAACUGAAUAGCAGUUCUCUGGCUAGUCUCUCUCUUGCUGGUUGCCGCUCGAUGACAUUCUUAAGACUCUCAUGCCCAAAUCUGCAAAAUGUGAAUCUUGAUGGCUGCGACCACCUUGAAAGUGCAGCAUUCUCUCCGGUUGGUCUUGAAUCCCUAAAUCUGGGAAUUUGUCCAAAACUAAGUGUUCUACGCAUUGAGGCCCCAAAUAUGUCUAUAUUGGAGCUGAAGGGUUGUGGUGUGCUUUCUGAGGCUUUUAUCAAUUGCCCCCUUUUGACAUCCUUAGAUGCCUCUUUCUGCAGGCAGCUUGAGGAUGAUUCACUGUCUCGUAUGGCAGAGGCUUGCCCUCUGAUUGAACAUCUUAUCCUGUCAUCAUGCUUAUCCAUUGGCAUCGAUGGAUUGUCUUCUUUGCAUUGUCUUCAUAAGCUGACCUUGCUUGACCUGUCUUACACAUUCCUGAUCAGCUUGAAGCCUGUUUUCGACAGUUGUCCUCAGUUGAAGGUGUUAAAACUUUCAGCCUGCAAGUACCUCGGUGACUCAUCGUUAGAUGCCCUUUACAGAGACGGUGCUCUUCCAUUGCUUGUUGAGCUAGAUCUGUCCUACUCAUCCAUUGGGCAGACUGCGAUAGAAGAUCUUCUUGCAUGCUGUACAAAUCUGGUUAAUGUGAACUUGAACGGAUGUACAAACUUGCAAGAAUUGGUGUGCAAUGAUUGCAGUUCUGUUGAUAUGCCGGUUGACUUUAGCCAUCCAAAUUCUGCACCAGCCAAUAAUGAAGAGAUCAGCGAGCAAUCUGGUCGUCUGCUUGAAGUUCUCAAUUGUACUGGAUGUCCAAACAUUAAGAAAGUUGUUAUUCCUUCAAUGGCAAACUUUCUAAAUUUGUCCAAAAUCAAUCUUAAUCUUUCAACAAACUUGAAGGAAGUGGAUUUGACAUGCUCCAAUCUUCACUCGUUAAACUUGAGCAACUGUAGCUCACUGGAGGUUCUGAAGCUUGAUUGCCCCAGAUUGACCAACCUCCAACUUCUGGCAUGCACCAUGUUGCAAGAGGAGGAAUUAGAAUCUGCAAUAUCCCUUUGUAGCGCAUUGGAGAUCCUUAAUGUACAUUCUUGUCCAAAGAUCAAUGCUCUGGAUUUUGCCAGGCUCCGUGUGGUUUGUCCCAGUCUCAAGCGCAUCCAGAGCAGCCUCAUUGCAUAAUAUUAGAGGCUGCUACCAUAGAAAGGAGUGCUAUCCAUUCAAUAAGCAAGUCAGGAAUAGCCCUCCAUGGCGCUCUUGUACAUAUAGUACCCAAGCAUUGCCGAUAUAUUGCAUGGCAUGGUAUAUUGUGAGCCAGGAGGCGAUGCAAUCCAAUUUCUCCAGUUGAUUCAAGUGCUAUAAUAAGUAUUUUGGCUGAAUCUGUUUUGUUGCCGGAGAUAAAAAAAAGAUGACAUGUUUGUUUGUUUGUAUUACUUGUAAGUGUACCGUUGGAGCAAUCAGAUCUGUACCCGGCUUAUAUGCGUUAAUAAUAAUGUUUGGAUCUGGAUUUGGAUAUUGC